GGCGCUAGGCUAGCAGCAGCAUCGGAGCACUCCGUCAUAAAACUAAAUAGUUAAUCUUGUUUAACUAGACUAGUCAACUAGGAGACUUCUUGUCUCCCGUAACAACUAGAUAGACUACUCAACGUUAGGUGUCUGCUUUACAUCCACUAAUGGACACGGAAGACGCAGAAAAGGAGACCCUGGCAGAGGAGUUGAGUGAGCAAGUUAACACCACCGACACGUCCAGCAUCCCUCAACCCCACCCAGAGUCUGCAGAAGGGAGCAGUGCCAGGGAACAUCUAGCUCAAAUGGGCAUGAGUCCUGGAUAUUACACUGUAGUAUUGAAUCGACUGAAGCUUGAUGAUGAUGAUGAUGAUGAUGAUGAUGAUGAUGGAGAGAAAGAGGAAAAGGCAAAAAAAGAAGAUGGAGAAAAAGACGAAAUCCGUAAAGCUGGAAAGCAUGCAGCUUCUCGAAUCCCCACAUUCCAAAGCUCGGUGGCCCGAAAGCGACCCACAGGCCCAGGUCCGGAGUCAUCCAUGCCACCUCCAGCCUCCAGCCUUCCAGUCCAGGCUAGGGGCAAGGGAAGUGGCAGUGGAAGUUCAUCCAGGGUGAAAGGGCACGGUACCCGCGAGACUGCUCUGCCUCUUCCUUUGGCACGACUGCCCAUCGGCAGCACUGAUGCCCUGCCACACACAGGCACCAUCCCCUUGGAUGUUCCCCUCCCUUCCCAUAAAAGGAGUCACUCCCCCAGUCACAUGACAGCUGGCCAGUCUAUUGCUAGUGUGUCCGACCCUGAAGAAAGUCAUCCCAUCGUCAUUUCUAUCCGUCCAGCCCUGAGAAUGGAAGCAGGAGCCCAUGACCCUAAUCUGUCAGAAGCUGCUGAAAACCACACCAUUCAGACUGACAUUAGUGUUACCCCCCGACAAAAUGAACAGGUGGAGGAAGAGGAGACAGGGCUGGAGACCCAAGAGGAGACAGGGACAGAUUCCAGCACCGUAGCAUUUCUUGAGGAGCAGAUAUCAACAGAAGAGAGGGGACCGAAGGCUGAAGUUUCAGAGGAGGUGGAGUCUGGGGAGGAGAUGGUGCAUCCUGUGGUAGAAAUUGAGGAAAUGGGAGAGCACAAUAAAGAGUCCAUGUUUGAGUCUGAUGUAAAAGAAGACGAGUCUAAGCCAAAGUUCAGGGGAGCAGAUGCAAAAUUCUUGGGCCUGAAGGAUGGGGAGAAGGAGACUAAGGAACCCCUGGGUGAAUCUGGCUAUGACAAGACAGUUUUCAGUUCCAGAGUAGUUGCUGAUGGAGGAGAUGCUGGGGUGAAAUCUACUAGAGACAAAGUGGCAUAUGAGAAACCGUCAAGGAGAAGACAGGUCUUGAAGUCAGAGGUUGGGAAAGCCACAGUCCUCUCAGACCAACCUGCACAUCUGAGCUUGGCAAAGACUCAACCACCAGUAAAGAGUGGGUGGCGGUGCUGUCCCUUCUUCUUCCUCCUCUCCAUGCUGCUCCUCGUGGGUGGGUGUGGACUGCACCUCUGGUGCUAUGGGACCCCUGCAUCUGUGUCAGACUUGCUGGAGCAGUUGGAGUUGAGCAGUCUGGAGGGCCUGUGGGGAGCUCGGGAGCCAUGCACCUCAGAUUGCAGCUUUGCCUUAGUGGAAAGUCUUCCUGAGGGGCUGGAAUUCCCAACUGGGUCUCCCAUACUGCCCCCAAUCUCUCAGACUUGGGCCCAGAUGCUGAACCAAGCCAACAGCACUGUCAGCAUCGCAGCCUUUUACCUCACCCUCCGAGCCUCAGACCUGAACCUGACAGAGAAGAGUGCCCUGCAGGGUGAACAAAUAUUUGACCAACUGAUGAAACUUGAAUCCAGAGGGGUUAAACUUCAGAUUGCUGUUAAUGGCCCUGAGUCCUGCCCCCAAGAUACCAAAGAACUUAACGCAACAGGUGCGGAAGUACGGAGAGUGAACCUUCAGUUUCUGACCGGGGGCAUCAUUCACACCAAAUUGUGGGUGGUAGACAAUAAGCAUGUCUAUUUAGGAAGUGCCAACAUGGACUGGCGUUCCCUCACACAGGUGAAAGAGUUGGGGGUAUCGGUGGGAAACUGCAGCUGCUUGGCACAGGAUCUGUCCCGGGUUUUUGGGGUGUACUGGUACGUAGGCUCUCAGGAACGGGGUUCCCUGCCCCUUUACUGGCCCGCCAGAUACUCUGCUCUCUCCAGCUCAGACCGACCCCUGCAUGUGAAGCUCAACAACGUCCCUGCACGUGUUUACCUGUCUAGCGCUCCUCCUCAGUUGUCGGCGCAAGGACGCACAGAUGAUCUUUCCGCCAUCCUGUCUGUCAUCUCUGACGCACAGAAAUUCAUAUUCAUCUCUGUCAUGGACUACCUCCCCUUCUCUGAGUUUACAAACCCACCCAGGUUCUGGCCUGCAAUAGACUCUGCCCUAAGAGCGGCAGCGUGUGCUAGGGGAGUUGAAGUGAACAUGUUGGUCAGUUGCUGGCCACAUUCCUCAAGAUCCAUGUUCAUCUUCCUGCAGUCCCUUCUCAUACUCAACCAGCCUCCCCUGAGCUGCAACAUUGGAGUGAAAGUGUUUGAAGUGACCUCCACUGAGGAGCAGAAGCAGAUUCCCUUUGCAAGAGUUAACCAUGCCAAGUACAUGGUGACGGACAGAGCUGCCUACAUAGGAACCUCCAACUGGUCUGCAAAUUAUUUCACCCAGACUGCUGGUGUGGGGCUGGUGGUGAAUCAGACGGGCAUUGAUGUGGGAGAAGGCCAGCAGACUGUACAGAGCCAGCUGCAGGAGGUUUUCCAGAGGGACUGGAAAUCUGAAUAUGCCCGUGAGCUCUCACAUGAUGAUGUGGAACGGUGUGGUAAACACAAAGCCACAUAGGUAUAUAUGCACGCAGCGCAUAGGUAAUGGAGACAAACGCUUGCAAUUCAAAAGUCUCAAACAGGCAUUAAUGAACAUACAGGCAUCUAGAGCAUUUUGUCCAAAUAUUACUGACCAUAGCCAAUUGCAUGCUGGCUCAGCUUGAUUGCGUACUUUGAACUCUGUCCUUGGUGGUGUAAGUAGCUGUUUUUUAGUGCUGCAAAAUCAGUUUACAAGUCUGCAUUUAAUGGAACCUGGUGUUUCAGUCAGUUGUUUCAAGCCAGCAUUUUAUUUCAAAUUGAUUCUAGCCGAGAUUGUACAUAUUUCUGUUCCUUUUUUGUUUGUUUACAUUUUUGCCGUUGUGGAAUUAAAAGGA